UUGCGUCGAAGAGAUGUCCGCGAAACACGGAAUUUCACAAUUUGAGUGACUUUCAAGCGAAUCACACAAAAGAAAGCUUACGGUAUUGCGGAGUUGAACAAAAGAAAGGCUGAUUUACUUAGAAAACUAUGGUGCAAGAAGGAGAAACGUUAUGUGUUUCUCCACAUUACUGGAAGCCUCCAGGCUUCUACAGUCGUUCAAAAACGCUACGACCRGUUUUAACUAAUGGUACAAUGGGAAUGGCGACUGAUCGCAAUAAAGCAAUCCGGGUUGGUUUUUAUGAUAUUGAGAAAACCAUUGGCAAAGGGAACUUCUCUGUAGUCAAACUGGCMAAACAUCGGAUCACAAAGACUAAGGUUGCAAUUAAAAUCAUCGACAAAACACAACUCGAUGAGAUGAAUUUAAAGAAAGUCUACCGAGAAAUUCAAAUCAUGAAGCUCCUUCAACACCCUUAUAUCAUCAAAUUAUACCAGGUUAUGGAAACGAAAAGUAUGCUUUAUCUUGUCACUGAAUAUGCAAGCAAUGGGGAAAUGUUCGAUUAUCUCGCACACCAUGGAAGACUUUCAGAAAAAGAAGCAAAGAAGAAAUUUAUCCAAAUACUUAGUGCAGUGGAGUAUUGCCAUAAAUGCCACGUUGUACAUAGAGAUAUAAAGGCAGAAAACCUUCUUCUUGAUCAAAAUAUGAAUAUCAAAAUUGCAGAUUUUGGAUUUGGUAAUUACUAUAAACCUGGCAAUCCAUUGAAUACAUGGUGUGGAAGCCCACCUUAUGCUGCGCCUGAAGUGUUUGAAGGAAAAAUCUAUGAUGGACCACAGCUAGACAUAUGGAGUCUUGGUGUUGUUCUCUACGUCUUAGUUUGCGGUGCUCUACCAUUUGAUGGUGCCACACUCCAAACUUUGAGAGAUCGAGUUCUUGAGGGAAAGUUCCGUAUUCCUUUCUUCAUGUCUACAGAAUGCGAACAUCUCAUCCGCCACAUGCUUGUAAAAGACCCGUAUCAGAGAUACACAAUUGACCAGAUUAAAAAGCAUAAAUGGCUGCAGGGCGUUGAAUUGCCAUCAGUUGGAAAACCACUUAUAUCUAACGCUACAUUAAUCGAAGACUUGAAAAACACGGAGGACAAUACUGCCGAGUCUGAAUACAACGAACAAGCUAUUAAUUUGAUGCUAGGACUUGGAAUUGAUAUCGAAAGAACUAAAGCRGCCCUGAAUGAAAAUGCCUACGAUCAUCACACAGCUAUAUACUACCUUCUUGUUGAUCGAUUAAAACAACACCGAGCGAGYUACCCACURCAGCCMGAGUAUGAAACCAAGCUACGGCGUCCCAGUGGUAUUGCUGAAGCAGCCGUCGUACGAGCUAACCUCCAAAUCGACCAAGAACCKACAGAAAAACGUCAAAUCCAAAGAAUUUGUACGGCUCAACCAUUUCGACCUUACAUACAUUUACAAUAUGCUAUAAAUGAACUACACGACAGAAUCCCCACGCCUCCUGAAAUAAGGCGGGAAAUUGCUAACGAGUGUGUGCGAGAAAUGUCUCCUGUACGAGAAAUGGGAUCACCAAAGAGGUCUUCGUCUCCAAGGCAACGCGGUCCAUURUUGAUCGAAAAUGCUUCACAAAAUGUCAUCAGUAACAUYGAGAAAAUGGAGAGCGACGACGAUGACGAAGACGCAGAAGUUAAAAGUGCACUUGCGACAAAAUCUGUUGAAAAACCCAAAGUUCGUCGACACACUGUUCACAACACGCCGAAAGGACGCAUCGAGGCACCUGCGGGACAUCCCUUACUAAGGAGYCAGGCCUCUACUGGAGGAAUUCCUCCAGGAGCGUCUGCUUUUACAAUAAAUCCGGCUUUUAUGUUCACUUCGUCUGUUCAAACACAAGGAACACCAACAAUAAACCAAAUGACAGGCUCAGGACCACAUUUACAACUGCACAGACAUGAACCUCCUCCGCAAUAUCACCAUCCUCAUCAUCCCUCCCUUGCAAGAAGAGCUUCGGAUGGUAACACUGUCAUUCCGUUUUUGCAACAACAUGCACGAGAAAACACCACACUUAAUAGAAUUCGACAGUUGCAGCAAGAACAUUUGAAACUUCAGGAACAAUACCAGAAGUCGUUAUCGCCUUCUGAGCUCAGCGAGCAGCAGGCGUUACAUGUGGACUAUAAGAAACGUUACAGUCAAAUGCGCAAAGAACUGCAAAGACAAUAUGAACGACUUAUGUCCGAUAACGAACAGCAGGAUACACARCAAUCAAUGGAACAGAGUCAAAAUGUUCCUGAAAUAUCUGUGUCUGUAGAACAAAACCCUCCAGUUUACACUCCAGAACAACAAUCGAUACCUCACUAUCCACUGCUGAGCCAGUUCCAGCAACUGCAAAUUGACAAUAAUUUUCGUGUUAUUAAUCCAGUUCGCAAAAUGCCUUACCACAAGCAAAACCCACACAAACAAGUUUGUAGAACUUCGUCGUAUAAACAAGCUCAAAUGUGCACAUUGCUACCACCAUUAGAAGGAGAGCUGUCAGACUUUGAAUCAGAAUUACAAAUUCCCACGACCACACAGAGCAUUAGUACCAAUGCGACGCAACCAACCAACUCAGUCGUUGCACAUUAAGUGCCGUGAACAUGCACAACCGAGACUGAUUAUAAAUGUAUCAACAAGUGAAUUCAAGAAAAUAAAAACAAAAAUAAAUAUUUAUAUGUUUAAACUAUUUUUCUGUGUACAGUAAGACAUACAUGCGGAUUUAUCGCAAGAAAGAAGGGUAUUGUCAGUCAUGGAUAAGAAUUGGAUAAGAAACUGCAAUAAAAAAAACAAUUUUUCGCAUC